AUGUUCAAGGCCCUUAAGAUUAAGAUUGGCGGUCACUCUUCGUCGAUGGCGAACACGGGUUUAUCACGGCGUAACUCUUGUCCAAAGGUUCACAGCGCAUUGUGCAGUGAGCUGACUAUGAUGCUAGAUAAAAUCUCCUCUAUUCUUCCAUCAAUUGAGGCAGCUCGACCAGGAUGUAGAGCAGGAAUACAGGAAUUGUGCAACUUAUACCAUAUAGUUGAGAAAGGAAGGCUCAUAACUCAGCACUGCAUCGAAUGUAGUAAACUCUACUUGGCAAUUACAGGUGAGGCGAUUUUAUCACGGUGUGAAAGGGUCAGAGACUCACUUAAACGGAGUCUCUUCCUGAUUCAGAAUAUGGUCCCAACAGUAUUAGCUAAUCAGAUUGCUGACGUCCACAAUGAUCUUCGAGAUGUAAAAUUUUCUGUUGAUCCACUGGAACAAGAGGCUGGCAAAUCAAUUUUAGAGAUGCUUCGGCAGUCUGAUGCAACUGAAGAACUUCUACUUCAGACAUUCAUGCAGGCAGCUUCAAAGUUAAACCUGACAUCUCCUAAAGCUAUCUUAAUUGAAAGAAGAGCGAUCAAGAAACUGCUCGAUAAGAUUACUGGUACUGAUCAGAAAAAGGAGCAGGUUCUUAAGUUUCUCCUACAUCUUGUUACAAAGUAUGGAAAGAACGUCAAACCAGACACUGGUGAGCGGAAUGAAAAUUUACAAUCUGAAAGUAAGUCUUUGAGUCCAAGCUUAAGUCUUGCAAGCGAUGCCAGUACUCCUGAAAAGUGCGACAAGCCAACAUACUUCCAGGGAUAUGAGUAUCAGAGUAGCAUGUCUGGAGAAACCACACCACCUACAGAGUUCUGUUGCCCAAUAUCAACAAAGCUAAUGCAUGAUCCUGUGAUAAUAACAUCUGGACAGACUUACGAAAGAGAAUAUAUUGAGAAAUGGUUCAGUGAGGGAUACAACACUUGUCCCAAGACACAAAAAAAGCUAGAAAACUUUGCGAUGAUUCCAAAUACUUGCAUGAGGGAUCUCAUUUGCAACUGGUGCAGAGAGCAUGGUUUCACAAUCUCAGAUUUUCUUCCAAGCAAAGAUUCCUACAGUUAUUUGCCAGAGCAAUUGCAUGGUCACUCUAUGUCAAGUUUGCACAAUGUUUCAGUACCUCUAAUUGCUGGGAAUGCCAGGAAUUUUGUGAUUGAUCACAGCAGUUCAUCUGUCGCGUUUUCUGAUGCCAGUUAUGUCUCAGAUUCCUCCCAUGUGAAGGAUAUGGAGGAGCCGAAGGAUACUUUUUCUCAGUUCUCUUGGAGUGUAGAUUAUCAGAAGCAUCUGUCAUUCCACAACUUCAACCAGUGCAUGUUCCUGAGGUUCUUCUGCGAGCUGUCCAAGCUCCCAUUAGAAAUACAAGGAAGCUCCAUUAAAGAUCUGAAGAACAUUCUUCACGAUGACGAUGAUGUUUCCUGGGCUAUGGCGUCCCAUGGAUUUGUAGAAGCAUUCCUCGAAUUCUUGAGAAAUGAUAGCAGCAGCUACAGUAUGAAAGCUCAACAAGCUGGAUUACAUUUUUUUCUUAAUUUCCUUUCCAACAGCAGGGCUAAGAUUCCAUCCAUGGAUGAAGAAGCAUUCCGUCUUAUCACGUCCUUCCUCAGUUCGGAGCUAAAAACUGAAGCUUUGUUGGUGCUCCAUGAACUGAUUCGACACCUGAGUCGUCAGCAAUCCUGUCAGAUGGCCUCUGUUGUCACUCCUCCUGUUUUGGCAAUAUUGGCAUCUGAAGAUAUCGAGGGCCUUGAGCUUCCCUUGAAGAUUAUCUGUGAUCUUUCAUCCGAUGCUGAUGUGAAGUCAGAGCUGAUUUCACUUGGAAUAAUCUCAAAGCUGGUUCCCAUUUUGGCAGAAGGAAGCUUCGUCGAGUGCUGUUUGGAGAUUUUGCGGAACUUAUGCGACAUGGAAGAAGCUAUGGUGCUUAUUACCAGAACAGACCGAUGUCUUGGUUCCAUUGCAGAGUAUCUAGACACGGGAAGCCCUAAAGAACGAGAACUUGCAGUGAUAAUCCUUCUGGCAAUAUGUUCCCGUAGCGUGGAGGAUUGCUCCCAGGUGAUGAAGGAGGGCGUUAUCCCCGCCCUCGUGGACCUGUCGGUGAACGGGAUCGAUGAAGCGAAGAGCUGCUCGUUCAAGCUACUGAAUCUUCUGAGGGAUAUGAGGCAAAGCGAGCUCAACAACUCGUGUUCCCAAGAAGUGGCGGCCGCCGCCGAAGUGAUAGAGGAUCCUCCCACCGAGAGCCCGAUUCACAGGCGGCCAGCAUCGAAGUCAUCUGGUUUUUUCCAGAGGAAGCUGAACAUUUUCUCGAAACCUCGGUCCCUGACGCUGUUUUGA